AUGGAAGAAACAGAAUAUGUCUUAACCAAAAAUGAUACUUGUCAAUAUUUAGAGUCUAUAAAAUUUGAUUUUGCGAAAGAAAAAGAGGCGAAGAAGUUGAAAACAGAAAACGACGAAAUUAAAGAAGAGGUGAAGAACUUAGCGAAUGACAAAGACCAACUUUCUUCUGAAAAGAAGAAGCUUCAAUACGAAUAUGACCAACUCAUUAACUUGGUCUCAGUACACGAAGAUGAGACCAACAACUUGAAUGGUUCAAUCAAAAAGUUACAAAGAGACUUUUGUAAAAUUUUAGAAGCAAACAACACCGAAAAUAUAGCCGAUUUGGAACAACAAGUACAAGACCUUGAAUAUAGACCAGUUGGGACUUCAAAUAUUGAUAAAACUGAAGUCAUCAAGAGAGACAACCAAAUAGUUGAUUUGGAAAAGGCAGUUGCUGUGUUGAAAGAACAGAACACUCAACUUGAUGCUGCUAAGAAGGAUAUGAAGAAGCAAUUGAAGACGCUUUGGAGAUUGAGAAUUAUGGAUCACAGAUUAAGGCACUUGAAGCACAAAAGAAGAUGGCUUUGGACGACAAAGCGGAGGCUGAGAAGACUGCAGCGGACCAACUUAAUAGAAGAAAAGAAUAUGGAAGACCAAGCCAAAGCACUCAAUGCACAAGUCUAG